AUGAGAUGCCUCAGCUCCCUACCAGGAUAUGUGCAAAGACCAAACAGUGUUCCCAACUACAAUGAUGAAAUAACAUUUCAGUCUUAUCUUGCUGCUGCUUUUGCUAAGAAGCUAAGCAAGCUAGCACUUAUAGUCCCUACUUCUGGAGGUCUUGUUAUUAUUGCUCUUAUUCAUAAUCUUUUGAGAAGACAUCCUUCAAUCAACUGUUUAGUCCAUCAGGAGGAUGAUGGAGAAACUGAAACAGUCAAAUCAGGCAUUGAUCAUUUCAAUAAUGAGGAAACUGAUCUUCUUAAAACCAAUGCUAUGAGAGAAGGUAGGGUUUCAUCAAUUUCAACUGUGGUGGGUGAUGGAAUAGAUGGUGACAACGGUGAUGCAGCACUCGUGGACAAAAAUGGCGGAGAACGGGAGGUGGAGUGGGAGUCACCGCUGGAGCAGGUGGUUGUAGAUCACGCCUAUGUCUUCUUCCUUCCUCUUUAUCUCUUAUUAACAAACGAUUUCCUAAAUUUUCAAGUCUCAACAGGAAAAAAUUGUAAAGGAAUUAUAAGCAUGAACGUUUUCCUCUAUAGUGCAUCUGGUCGUUCCUCUUCAUAUGGAAGACGAGGCUUCUUGAAAGUUUUCCAUAUGAAAGUGGUGGUGAUGGAAGAGAUGGCAGGGCGGCAGUGGAUGAUAGGAAUGGUGGUGACAGUCGAUUGUGUAGAGAUUCCGAUCUCACGGGUCGACGCCGAUGCAGCGGUAGUACCAGCCUUCCUUGCAAGAUCCGAAGGAGAAAGCGGUGGAAACAGAAGAGAUCCCCCUCGAGGGAAGGGGGGAGAUCAUCCACCAAUGAAUCAAGAUUUCCACCAUUCACAAUUGGAAUUUCCCAGGGAUGAUUUGAGAGAAACUUUUUGGGAAAAAGAGAAAGCAAUUCGCCGGUGGAGAGAUUAG